GCCUUCAGGGCGACUACAACCACGACGAAGACAUCACCCGCUUCGUAAGGCGUGCUGCUGUACUGCCUUUGGUGCCCGUGACAGAUGUAGACGACGUGUGGCUGAACGCACUUGCAGACAUGCCUGACGACCCUCGCUGCCUCCGUCUCGCCGACUACGUGACCACCCAGUGGGUGGAAGGACAUAUACCCCAGACAGCGUGGAACCACUACCAGAACACCGGUCCAAGAACCAAUAACCACCUGGAAGGUUGGCAUGGUCGCCUUAAGAAAAUUAUUUCUAAGGCUCACCCCAAUGUCUUCGAGAUGUUGUCUUUCCUCAGGAAAGAGCAGAAACUGAACGAAAUCAAGCUUGUUCAGUACGCUGCUGGGAGGAAACCGCCACCAAAAAGGAGGAAGUACAUCCAUGUCAACUCAAGACUAGAGACUCUGAAGCAAGAACUCCGAGAUGGUGCCAUGAGUGUCAUGGUUUAUCUGAGGGAUAAAUAA